CCACACGCGGAGGCCAUGGGAAAGCCAACGCGGCAGCCGGCGGAGGGGAAGGGGAAGGGAAAGGGGAAGGAGAGCGAGAACGAGGAGAUGGUGAAGAGCGUCUAUCCCGGGGAUACAGCCACGACAAAAGGAUUCCUCGACGAUGCAGUUGUACAGUCAUUCGAAGACGCAGGGUUCGGCGAAGAUCACUUCCUCAGCAACGUCAAGCUCUCCAUGGGAGCCCUUGCCUGCAUUUUCGCGCUCAUCGCUCAAUUCUGGCCGAAUCCUUUCAAGCCCAUGCCGUUCCCUGAGAGCAGGCCCCUGCUCCUCGUCUGCACCGUCCUCUACGCACUCCUGUCGUUUGCCCUGCAGAUGAUCAUGACAUUCUACGAGCAGGACGCUAUCCUGUACACGCUUCCCCCCAACGAGACCAGCCCUUUCUGGAACUCACUGCAGAAGAAGAGGGUGAAGGUCUCGACCAGGCUGCCUCGCUUCUCCAUCAACUACACGGUGACGCUGGAAGUCAAGGACGGGAGCGGGCAAGUCGUGGAUACGCACAAGGCCGUGCUGAAGCUGACGGACUACUUCGAGGAGAACGGGACGUUCCAUGAGGACUUCUUCAUGGAGGACAUCGAGGCGCUGAUCUCGGCUCUUGCUGCCAAGAAGACGCAAUAGAAGGGAGGGGAGGGGG